AUGGCGAAAAUGAGGUCUGGUUUUUUCUUGUUCAUGACAAUGUUGUUUCUUGUCUCUUCAUUGUGUUCUGGUUACAAAUUUAACGUUGGUGGAAAAGAUGGUUGGGCUGUGAAACCAUCUGCAGGGUAUGCUAAGUGGGCUCAUUCAUUAAGGUUUCAAAUCAACGACACACUUUAUUUUAAAUAUGAUAAGGCAUAUGAUUCAGUGUUGGUGGUAAAUGAAAAAGACUAUGAUUUGUGUAACGCUAAGAAUCCGAUUAAGAAGUUAGAAGGUGGAGAAUCGAUUGUUAAUUUGGAUAAAUCUGGUUCCUUUUACUUCAUUAGUGGAAAUGUUGAGAAUUGUAGAAAAGGUGAAAAGUUGACUGUUGCUGUUUACGGUUACAAGGAUCAUGGUUCGGCAAUAUCACCAUGGGUUGCGCCAGUACACUCGCCUGCACCGUCGCCGAAAGCUCCAGCACCUGGAUGGAAAGCUCCGGCACCAGGUUAUAAGGCUCCAUUACCAAGUGCACCCGGUUGGAAGGUGCCAUCACCUGCACCAGGUUGGACUGUUCCUGCACCUGGUUAUAAGGCUCCAUCACCAAGUGCACCUGGUUGGAAGGUGCCAUCACCUGCGCCAGCAUGGAAAGCUCCCUCACCCGGUUAUAAGGCUCCUGCACCAAGUGCGCCCGGAUGGAAGGCUCCGUCACCCAGUUGGACUGCUCCCGCACCUGGUUAUAAGGCUCCAUCACCUAGUGCGCCCGGAUGGAAGGCUCCGUCACCGAGCUGGACAGCACCCGCACCAGCAAGUAAAGCUCCUGCACCAGGUUGGACUGCUCCCGCACCCGGUUAUAAGGCUCCAUCACCGAGUGCACCCGGUUAUAAGGCUCCAUCACCCAGUUGGACGGCACCUGCACCAGCAUGGAAGGCUCCUGCACCUGGUUAUAAGGCUCCAUCACCGAGUGCACCAGGAUUGAAUGCUCCAUCACCCAGUUGGACGGCACCCGCACCCGGAUGGACUGCUCCUGCACCAAGCCCGGGUUGGAUUGCUCCGACACCAAGUGCCCCUUUAAGGAAUGCUCCAGCACCAUCUCCUCUAUCGAGUGGUUCCACAAAUUUAAGUGUUUCUCAUGGUGUCAUUGUUACUGUGGCUUUAGUCUUAGCCAGCUUUGUUUUUUAG